AAUUGAUUUUGCUUGCGAAGGAAGGGCGUGAACGAUCGCCACCUACCUCCUCUCUAUCUUACUCUCUGAGGCAAUUAUUCGAACAGUUGAUUGGUUGCUUACUGCAAUUCCGUCGAGUGGUAGGAUUCGUUCAGGUCCGCCAUUGGAAUCGGUCCCCUUGAUCAAUCUGCUCGGUUUCUUAGUGAGAGGGACGGAAGGGGGAGAUGUACGUGAAGGCGGUGCCGCCGGUGGAUCUCAACAAGAACACGGAGUGGUUCACUUAUCCCGGCGUGUGGAUCACCUACAUACUCAUCCUCUUCAUCUCCUGGCUCCUCGCCUUGUCCCUCCUCGGCUGCUCCGCCGGCAUGGCCUGGACUUUCGUCCACCUCUCCCACUUCCUGGUUACUUAUCAUUUCUUCCAUUGGAAGAAAGGAACACCAUUUUCUGAUGAUCAAGGCAUCUACAACGGUUUGACUUGGUGGGAGCAGAUUGACAACGGCAAGCAACUUACUCGAAAUAGGAAGUUCUUGACAGUUGUACCUGUUGUGCUGUACUUGAUAGCUUCCCACACAACAGAUUACCAAAACCCGAUGCUCUUCUUCAACACGCUGGCAGUAUUAAUCUUAGUGGUGGCGAAGUUCCCUAACAUGCACAAGGUCCGUAUAUUUGGGAUAAAUGCCGAUCACUGAUUAGGAAAGAGAUUAAAGUCCACUGAGUUUGCCCCAUAGAAAUGAUAACUUCUAGGUAUCGUUUAAGUAACAGGCGUCAUCAUGCGUGAUCUUGUUGGGAAGGAGGUGUUAUUUACUUUGAUGAGAAGUGAACAUCAUGUUGGUGCCAUUUUAUGUUUUAUGUACAUGUGCAGAUGGGUUGUAUUCCCUCUCUGUACAAUUGGGGGAUUCAUUCUUCGAAUGAUUAUGCUCAUUAUAACUUUUGCUUCUACAUCACAAGAAACGACCGUAUAAGAUUAUUUUUCCUGAUUAA